CCCCGCUUCUGGUUAGGCGCUGAGACCUUUCGCUCUUUGUUCCCCCUACCCUUAUAGAUUACCAACACUUUCACGUCCAUUAAACAUGUUCGCCAAAGGAUUUGCUACUCUCGCUCUCGCGCUCUCUGCUAGCGCCAUGGCUGUGCCAUUCGGAAAGCGCCAGACCCCUACUUCCACCUCGUCUGCCCCCGCCUCGACAUCGACACUGCCUGCAUGGCUUGUUGGCACGCAGAGCGGCGACGGCACCUUCUUCAAUCCCGCAACCGGCGCUUGCGGUAUCGUCAACACCGACUCCGACUUCAUCGUUGCGGUCGCUGACCAGCUCUUCAACAACUUCCCUGGCUUCAUGCCCGGCUCGAACCCAAACCUCAAUCCCAUUUGCGGCAAGAACAUCACGGCUUCCUACGGCGGAAAGAAUGUCACUGUCAGCGUCACGGACCGUUGCGGCGGCUGCCAGAUGACCGAUCUCGACUUCACGCCUGCCGCUUUCUCCGUGCUUGCUGACCAGAGCCUCGGUCGUAUCCACGACGUCGAAUGGGUAUGGGAUGACCUCAGCCUGUGA